ACCACCUGAGGGUGUGUUCAGCUGGACUGACGUGUUGCACAGAGGAGAUGGAGCAUCUGAUGGCUGUGCAGAGCAAGGAGGAAUUCGACAAAGCCGUCAAGGGGUCGCUCACCACCCUCAGUCAGGUGCUCAAGACUAGGGCCACAAAGUUUGAUGACUUCUUCAAAGAACUGCUAACGAAAUCGAAGCGUGAGUUUCACGAGAUGUUCAAACGGACGUAUGGCAUCAUCUACGAAGAGCACUCCUACGUAUUCACCGAUCUCUUUGAGGAGCUGGAGAAAUAUUACGCCAAGGGCAGAGUUGAUCUACUGGAAGCCAUGGAGAAUUUUUUCAACGUCCUCUAUCAGAAAAUGUUCACUGUGUUGAACCAACAGUACCGGUUUGAUGACAGAUACCUGCUUUGUGUGAGCGACCACAUGAAAGAACUGAAGCCGUUCGGGGAUGUGCCUCAGAAGUUGUCUCUACAACUGAAGCGAUCUUUCGUGGCGACACGCACAUUCGCGCAGGCCCUGGCUGUUGCUGGAGAAGUUGCUGGCAAUAUGGUCAAUUUGAACUUCAGUGGCGAAUGCACGAAGGCAGUGAUGAAGAUGACGCAAUGCCCGACAUGCAGAGGUCUGCCCGAGCUGAAGGCCUGCUCCAACUAUUGCAUAAACGUCAUGAAGGGAUGUCUAGCCUAUCACUCCGAGCUGGACGCCGAAUGGAACACUUUUGUCGAUGUAAUGGACAAACUAGUGGAACGACUGCUGGGACCCUUCAACAUAGAAAUGGUCGUUCAACCAAUCAACAUCAAGAUAUCGGAGGCCAUCAUGAAUUUCCAGGAAAGCUCCGCCCAGGUUUCCCAGAGAGUUUUCAGCAGCUGUGGAAAACCCAUGCUGGGGCGUAGGAGACGGUCAGCAGAUCAUGAACCGGAAAACUCUCCAAGGUUUAGGAGAGGUUUGGAGCAUGAAGGUUCAAGGGAAACUAGAUAUUUUGAAGGUUUAAAGGGUGGUUCAAGGUUUAGAAGGGAGUAUGAUGGUGAACUACGGUUUAGAAGAGAGAUUCAAGGUUUGAAACCUGAUUUGGGAAGUGAUUCAAGGUUUAGAAGGGAGUAUGAUGAUUCCAGAAGUGGUGAGGAAUCUUAUUCAAGGUUUAGAAGAGAGAACCAAGGUUUAGAACGUGAUUUGGACAGUGAUUUGAGGUUUAGAAGAGAUAACCAAGGUUUGGAAGGUAAUUUGGACUCUAAUCUAAGGUUUAGAAGAGCAAACGAAGGUUUGGAACGUGAUUUGGAGACUAAUCUUAGGUUUAGAACAGAAAACGAUGGUUUAGAACGUGAUUUAGAGACUAAUCCGAGGUUUAGAAGAGGAAACGAAGGUUUGAAACACGAUUUAAACAGUGAUUUGAGGUUUAAACGGGACACAGAAACCUCAGUUCCUGUAUUAAUCUCUAAACUGGGUGCACAAGACACUAAUCUUAGAUUUAGAAGAGAAGUAGUAGAUCUAGAUUCGAGGAUUUCUCGCUUACGUAGAGAUCCAGGAAGUAAAAACAGUGGAGCUACUUCUUCCGGUGGAGAAUUGUCUACGGAAAGACUGCAGUUUCCAAGGGCGGGAAAACAUGGCAAUCUAGGAGGCAGUGGCGACGAGGAAAGUGACGAUCUGUAUGGCAUUGGAUUGGAUAAACUGAUGAAGGAUAUCAGGCUGAGAGUGCGAGAUACGAAGCAGUACUGGGCCAGGCUUCCGUAUCAAAUGUGCAACGGAGACAGUGUGGCCUCGGGGCCUGGCAAGGAGGAUAGCUGCUGGAAUGGUGCGCAGAAGGCUAGAUACGAGAGCAGAGUGACGGGAGAUGGUCUGACGCCGCAACAGAAGAACCCAGAGGUGGUGGUGGAUGUCUCCAGGCCUUCAUCUCUGGUCAACGAACAGAUCUACGCGUUGAAGACCAUCAACAACAAACUGAAGAACGCGCAUGGAGUCGAUGUCGACUGGAUUGAUAUCGAAGAAUCGUUCGGUGCCGGCGGUUCAGGCAGCGGAUCCGGCAUGGGACCGACGGACGACAGUGACCGUGACGUCACCGACGACACCGAACCCGAUACCGUUGAAACCGGAUCUGGAGACGGAAGUAGCUCCAGAGAAACCGGAAGCAACUCCAGAGAAACCGGAGGCAACACUAGAGGCUCGGAAACCGGUUCAUCCCCACCACCGACCUCAUCCAAUAACGAUGAAGACAACCGGUUGCAUCCCUCUCUGGGAGGAGGUGUGCUUGGCGGCGGAGGGGGUGGUGGUUAUAACGUUACAAUGAAUGGUAACGCGAUUGCUGGUGGUGCUAGCUAUAGGGGUGUAACGCUGAAUCGAGCAUUAGUCACGUAUUUAGUGCCUGUCGUUGUGGUUUGGUUUGGUAACGGCGUUACGGAGUGGAUGCAGUGAGCGUUACGUAACGUUAUGCUCAAAAAACUGUGUUUUGUAACGCUAUUUAGAGUAAAUCGGUUUUUGCUUUUGUUUAACACCAACGGUUCAAUUGAUAGCUGCGUUUACAUUGGUCAAGUUAACUUGAAGUCAAGGUUUUUUCAACGUUUUGAAUGGGUAAUUUUGAUAUCUUGUCAAUUUUACUUGAAUUUAUGUACCCAUGAAAUUACCUAGCUUAGUAAACAGAAUAACUUGACUAAUGUAAACGCCCCUUAACGGAGUGAAAUCAUAGAGAAACAAUAGCGUGAGUAGAUAUCCCAUGGUAUAGGGCGUUUAUGUCGCAACUUUUACUGUUAUCUCAAGCCGAUUA